CAUUUCUUCUCAUAUAAUAUCAGAGAUGUUUCCGUCGACUAAAUCAUCUUCCUUUCUUUCUGAUGUACUAUUCGAAGAUCAUCUAAAAAGAAAUCAAAUGCUUGAGAUUUCAUCGAUUGUAGACAUUGGACUAGCUUACAUCAAAGCGAUCGUAACUGAUAAAGAUAGCGACAUCAACCUUGUUGUGGAGACAUUCUUGUCCAACAGGAAUAACAAGAAGAAAAUCAUAGGCCUUGACACAGAACGGGUUCAAAAAGCAAGAAAGCAAAUAAAAACCGUAUUGCUCCAACUCUGCGAUGGAGAUCAUUGCCUAAUAGUAAAACUUCCUUGUGAGGAAUCUGUCAAUCUUCCUGUCUCUCUCUUCAAUUUUCUCAACCUACCUCAAUUCACGUUCGUUGGAAUUGACAUCAAGAAAACUCUGGUGAAGCUUGAGAGUGAAUGGGGUUUGACAUGCAAGAACUCUGUUGAGAUCAGCCCCGCCACGUGGAACCAGACCGAGAAGAUAGGAGUUAAGAAAUUUCUGUACAAUUUUUUUUUUCCUCCUCAGACACCGACAAUCCCUGUCUCUGAAGAGUGGGACAUAUAUGUUCUUACCGAGAACCAAAUUAAGCUCGCAACCUCAAAUGCUUAUUUCGCUUUUGGAAUUGGGAGAGCUCUAUUGGAUGGUUUCAACUACCUGUACUAAGGUUAUUAUGGGUCAAAUUAAGCCGUCUGUUUGUG